CCAGCAAGAACCAAGCUCAAUCUUCUCUGGAGCCCUGAGCUGUGGUGUGUGGAGUUGGCUGAGCUGUGAAGACUUUUGAAAGCUUCUGCCACCAGCAGCGGAGCACCUAAAUCCUGAACUGAAUUUGAGAGUUACCCGCUGAAAAGGAGUGGAAAUUUUUAUUAACUACAACCGAAGAAACAUGGAUUCAGACACACUGCAGAUCUUCCAGAGUGAACUCACCUGCUCCAUCUGCAUGAACUGCUUCCUGGACCCCGUCACCAUAGACUGUGGGCACAGCUUCUGCCGUCCCUGUCUGAGCCUUUGCUGGGAAGAAGGCCAGACACCAAGGAGCUGCCCUGAGUGCAGGGAAAUACCAGAGUGGUCCGAUUUCAAAACCAACAUUGCCCUCAAGAGGCUGGCUUCCCUUGCCAGACAGGCCAGAGCUGACCACGACCACAGCUCUGAGGAGCAGAUCUGUGUGACACACCAGGAAGCCAAAGGCCUCUUCUGUGAGGUUGACCAGACCCUGCUCUGUGGGCCCUGCUCUGAGCACCCCAAGCACGCAGCUCACAGCCACAGUCCAAUACACAGGGCUGCUGAGGAGUCCCGGGAGAAACUUGUGAAGAGAAUGAGAACUUUAUGGAAACUGAGAGAAGAAAUGAAAAUCAGUCUGAAUCAGGAAGCUAAUAAAACUCAGUCAUUUGAGAAUUAUGUGGCCUUAAGGAAGGCCAUGAUUACAGUUCAAUAUCAGAGGAUACCUCUGUUGCUUCACGAGGAUGAGAAACUGCAUCUGGAGGCCCUGGAGCAAGAAGCCAAGGAGAUUUGUCAACAACUCAAGGGGAGUGUGCUCACAAUGACUCAACAGGGAGAAAGUCUGAGGGAAAGGUACAGACAGCUGACUGAGAUGUGCCACAAGCCGGACGUGGAGCUGCUCCAGUGUACAUUGAGUUGCGUAAUGAAAGAGUCACUCAUCACCUCCCUGUGUUUGAAGAUCUGAGAUGUCUUCUGGCUGGUCCUGAUGGUCCUGAUGUCGACUACACUCCACCAAGAUCUAAAUAUUUUCUUGCCUGGGGAGCUGAGUCAUUCACUUCCGGUCAGCACUACUGGGAGGUGGAUGUGGCGGGCUGUUGCAACUGGGCCAUUGGACUUUGUAAUGACUCCUGGGCAAGGGAAAGUGACAUGGCCCUUGAUUCCAAGGGAAUUUUUCUACUUCUUUGUAUCAAAGAGAACAGUCAGCACAGUCUCUUUACCUCCUUUCCACUGUUACCUCAAUAUGUCAAAAAGCCUCUGGGCCAGGUGGGGAUGUUCCUGGAUUAUGAUGGUGGACUCCUGAGCUUUUAUGAUGUGGCCAAUAGUUCCCUCAUUUGUAGUUUUCUCUACUGCUCCUUCUCAUCACCACUCAAACCAUUUCUUUGCUCUAGAUACCCAUGAUCAGAGGUCAAAACUCUGACCCCGGGUGUCAGGAAUGUGAAUAAUUGAGGUUGUUAAGUAAGUGCCCACUUGACUUUCUGAAACUUCACCUUUCUUCAUGAAAUGUAUUGCUUGAUUUUUUUUAAGUUUGAUAUGUUAAGUGCAUAAAUUUAUUUCUGCUUUCAUGAAAUAAAAUCUCUCCUGGAA